GCUGGCCUCGGGCUCACGUUCUCGUGCGGAGAGAACCCGGCCUUGAUCCCCGCGUCGACGAACCCUUCGAGCGCGGGGGGAUUGCCCCCAGCGGCGUACGUGCAGUCGAUGAAGACCGCGCUCGAAGUCGGCGAGAACAAAGGCCCGCACAAGGUCAAGAAGAUCUCCCUGGAGACGAUCAGGGCGCCCGGGUACGCGCCGCCCCCGACGAAGCCCGGCGUCGCGCCGCUCCCGGCGCUCACCUCUCCGCGGAGCGUCCACGUGUGCAUGUCCCGCGGCGUGGACCCCUCGAACUUGCUCGAGAAGCCGCUCAGCGCGUUCGCGAAGCCCGGGAUGCGUCCGGAGCUCGUGAAGACCGCGCACGAGCACCACCUGAAGACGCGCGCGGCGAAGAUCGACGCGUUGCUGGAAGACCGCGCGAAGCUCCCCGCGAACUUCAAGCCGCCCGAACCGAAAAAGUUUGAGCCGCCCGAGGCUAAGCCCGGCGCGAGCGCGAUCGAGGCCGCGAUGGAGCUCUUGGGGGACGAGAAGCUCAUGGAGAAGCACGCGGAGCAGAGCGCGAAGCUCGCGAAGGUCCAGGCGGCCAUGGCGGCGAGCCGCGAGAAGGCGGAGAGGCUGGCGGAUCAGAUAUCAUCGCUCGUAUGGAACGACCCGCAGAGCCAGAAGGAGUACGCGAUCAAGAUGGCCAAGGUGAACGCGCGGUUCGUCACCGCCAAGGCGACGCUCAAGGCGAAAGAGGUGGAGCGCGACCGCGCUUUAUUCGAGAAGGGCCAGGAGCAGAUCCGGAGCGCGGCGGCGUACGAGCGCGAGGAGCGGCGGCUCGCGGAGGAGCGCUUCGAGGAGGAGAUGAAGCUCCUCGAGCUCGAAAAGAAGCAGGCGGAGGAGGAGAGGAAACGCGCCGAGGCGGCGACGCGCGAGCGCGAGCGCAAAACAAAGGAGUGGGCCGCGAAGCUCGUGACGAUACGCGCGGAGCAGGAGGCGGAGAUCGAGGAACUGAGGAAGCAGCUCGAAGCGCGAGACGCCAAGCUGGAGGAGUACAAGGCGGCGCUCGUGAAGAACCGCGCCGAACGUCUGGCGGCGUCCAAGGCUGGGAAGAACGAAGCGAUCGCCGCGUCGCUGCAACGCGCGGAGGAGCUCGAGGAUGCGCAGAAGCUGGAGUGGAUGGAGCGACGCAUGGCGCGAGACGCGUACGUCGCGGCGUUGCGCGCGCAGGAUAACACCGCGCAGGCGAAAGAGGAGCGGGACGCCAGGGCGCAGGAGAAGCGCGACCGCGUCGCGGCGACGGCGAAGGCGAAGGAGAGGGAGCGCGUCGAAAAGAUCGCCGCGGUGAUGGCGAAGCAAGAGGCGCACCUCGCGGCGAUCGAGAAGCAGAAGAAGAGAGACAUCGAGCGGAAGAUUUUGGAGCGGAAGCUCAAGGUGAGGGAGAGGAUAGAGAGAGUGGAGAACGUCGCGCGCGUCGGCGAGGUGCACCGAGCGCGUCUGCGCGAGGAAACCGCGGAGAAGAUGGCCAGAGGCGCGCUCAUGGUGCACACGAAGCGGGCGAUGGCGGAAGAGCGACAGGCGCAGAACUGCACGAGGGCGCUGAAGGAGAGCACGCGGAAGGUGUCCGCGGAGGAGUCGCAGCGGAUGAACACGCGGCGGCGGUGGUUGAAAUCGGAAAAGGCGAAGAGCGAGCUGUACGCCGCGACAGUCGCGUCGUCGCUCGCGUCGUCGGCGCAGUCGUCGCGCGCCGGCAGCGCCGUCGGCGCCGCGCGCGCGAGGAAGCCCGCGGCCGCGGCGGCACCGGCGAGCGCGCCCGCGCACGCGAGGAAGCUGUCCGCGGCGGGGUCCGCGGCGGGGUCGGAGAAGCCGACGCACGCGAGGAAGCCGUCCGCGGCGGGGUCCGCGGCGGGGUCGGAGAAGCCGACGCACGCGAGGAAGCCGUCCGCGGCGGGGUCCGCGGCGGGGAGCGUGAAAGCCGGGUCCGUCGCGGGCGGGUCGAAGGCUGGGUCCGCCGCGGGUUCCCGGCCCGGGUCCGUCGCGGGCGGUUCGAAGGCUGGGUCCGCCGCGGGUUCCCGGCCCGGGUCGAGAGCGGGCGGUUCGAAGCCGGGGUCGAGGGCGGAGACGCCGGCGUUGGCGGGCGACGCGCCGGCGCCGGCACCGUCGGAAGAGGCGCCCGCGGCGGAGGCGCCGGCGGCGGCGGAGGCGCCGGCGGAGGCUGCGGCUCCGGAGCCCGAGCCCGAGCCCGAACCGGAGCCCGAGCCCGAGCCCGAACCCGAGCCCGAACCGGAGCCCGAGCCCGAGCCCGAACCGGAACCGGAACCGGAGCCGGAGCCCGAGCCCGAGCCCGAGCCCGAGCCCGAGCCGGAGCCCGAGCCUCCGGCGGAUGAGGCUCCUCCCGCGGCGGAAGAGGCUGCGGCCGAGCCGGAAGCCCCCGCGGCAGAGGCUCCCGCGGCGCCGGAAGAGGCUCCCGCGGCGGAGGAGGAAGCGCCGGCGGCUUAG